GACACGCCAAAGGACCGCUCUGUAUCAACAAGAGUUUCUGAAGUUGGUUGGGCAAACAUUACAGCCGCAUAUAUCUCCUUUGCGCGCUCUCUCUUCCACAUAAUGGAUCAUUCUAAAUCAAAUGCUGUCGCGGUUAACGUAGUGAACGGACAUUCUAAAAGUGAUGAAGCUUCGGGAACCGAAUCCAACAUAGAGUCACCCGUGUUUUGCUGCGGCUGUCUGAGGCGGAUCAGAGGCUGGAUCCCCGUGCAUUAUAAAGAAGAGAUCGGCCAAAUUCUGAAACUAGCGGGACCGGUGGUUAUAUCCCAGCUAAUGAUCUUUCUGAUCAGUUUUGUCAGCACCGUGUUCUGUGGUCACCUGGGGAAGACUGAGCUGGCUGGGGUGGCACUGGCUAUAGCGGUGAUCAAUGUCACCGGCCUCUCCAUUGGCUCUGGCCUGGCAUCAGCCUGUGACACUCUCAUAUCUCAGACAUUUGGGAGUGGUAAUAUGAAUCGUGUUGGCAUGAUUCUACAAAGGGGGGUUCUGAUUCUGCUCCUGGCCUGCUUCCCCUGCUGGGCUCUCCUCAUAAACACUGAACCCAUCCUAUUGGCUGUUAAACAGAGCCCGGAGGUCGCCAGGCUCUCCCAGCUGUAUGUGAUGAUCUUCAUGCCAGCCUUGCCGGCUGCCUUCAUGUUCCUGCUGCAGGGGAAAUAUCUGCAGAAUCAGGGUAUCAUCUGGCCUACCGUGCUAGUAGGAUUGGUGGGGAACAUUCUCAAUGCUCUCAUCAACUACAUCUUCCUCUUUGUGCUGGACCUGGGCGUAGCUGGUUCUGCUGCAGCCAACUCCAUCUCCCAGUACUCCCUGGCUGUCUUUCUCUACUGCUAUAUUGUCUGGCAGGGUCUGCACAAGGCCACCUGGGAAGGUUGGUCAGCUGACUGCCUGCAGGAGUGGGGUCAGUUCAUCUCACUGGCCAUCCCAAGUAUGCUAAUGCUGUGUCUGGAAUGGUGGACCUAUGAGAUCGGCGGUUUCCUGGCAGGUCUUAUCAGUGAGGUGGAGUUGGGGGCUCAGUCUGUUGUCUAUCAGCUAGCUGUCAUCACCUACAUGUUUCCUCUUGGAUUCUCAGUAGCAGCCAGUGUGAGGGUGGGCAACGCUCUGGGUGCAGGGAACACAGAACAGGCCAAGCUGUCUGGGAAGGUUGCCUCCAUCUGUGCAUUCAUCGUCUCGUGUUUUGUCAGUACGUUCGUCCUCGUGACUAAAGACGUGAUGGCGUACAUCUUCACCACAGAUCAGGACAUUGUGAAGAGGGUGGCUGAAAUCAUGAUCCUGUAUGGCUUCUUCCAUCUGGCAGACACAUUCGUGGGCGUGAUGGGCGGUGUCGUGCGUGGAGCAGGAAAGCAGAAGAUUGGAGCGUUGUGUAAUCUGGUGGGGUACUACUUCAUUGGCUUCCCCAUCGGAGUCUCUCUCAUGUUCCCUAACAAGAUGGGCAUCAUAGGUUUGUGGAUAGGCCUGUUCACCUGUGUGUUAAUCCAGUCCUUGUUCUUGGUAGUUCUGCUGUGUAAACUGGACUGGAAAAAAGCCAGUCAAGAGGAUAGUAAAACCAACAUGUGUGUGUUGUCAGGCUCUGGAGAGGCAGGAGUCCAGCUCCCUGAAAGGAAAGAAGAGCAGUUUGAACUGGAGAAGAGAGGCUGGUCGGAGCGGUCCCACCCAGCGGCAGAGCCCUGGGGAGGAAAGACGGACGUGGAGGGGCUGGGUGGGGACAGGGGGAAGGGGGAGUUAGAGACUGAGGCGGGCCGGUGGUCAGUACGGUGA